UGGUUUAGAAGGUAUUGACAGCACUCAUCCAGGAGCAAGACAGGAGAUCGAAGAUCUUGGUUUGUCGGUGCGGAGAAAUCAACUUGGCAUAGGACAGUCAAUCGACAUGACAGGCGAACAAAGCUACAUGAGAAAUGCAAAGACUGCAGGUACAUACUUCAUACUCAUGAAUUCAAAAAGUAAUAAUCUUAAAUAUUUCAGCCAUGCAUCUCCUGAAACAAUAUUUCCUUACAGGUGGCAACCGUCGUACAUUUAUACUUGAUAUUUAUUACCAUUCUCCGUCUUUUUAGGGGGAAUCACGCAAUUUGCUGCAAAGGAAAGUACUGUAACAAAGUGGGUCAUGAACAGGCCAUACCAAACCAAGUUUGUUGAAUCGUUACUGGAGCUAUCCGGAGUGUGCACUACAAUGUCAAAUCCACGAAAUGUCUGCGAAGCAGUGAAAUUCUGA